UUCUUUGUCCUUGUGAACCUUCUCGCUUCUUCACUUCAGCUUCACAUCCACACUUUCACUUUUUUAUACAAAAAAAACAACCAAACAUGGCCGAGGAAACUCCAGCUCAGAACACACCUGUGGCGGCGGCGCUGCCCCCAACCCCGCAGGAGGUGACCGAGACGGAUUCACCUGAUGUUUUAGUAAAAGAAGACCCUUCCCUACCAUCCCAUGUAGCAGCUGUGUCUGUUUCUGUCACCGAAUCUGUUUCAACGACUAUAGCUGAAAAAGAAGAGCAGACACCGCCGCCACAGGAACCGAUAUCAUUGGAACCUGAUUCAACGGAUAAAGGGUCAGGAAAAGAGGAGCUAACUCAAACGCCAACAACGCAAGCAGUGGAGUCAGAAUCUGAGCCAGUUGCUGUGAGAGAGACACCAAAGGAAGAAGCGCCACCAGCUCCACCAGCUCCACCAGAGGUAACUGUAGUGAUAUCGGAAUCCAAGUUGCAGCAACCACCUACUCCACCGCAGCAGGAGGUGGUUACGGAGUCGGGAUCGUUGGCAGCGAUGAUGGAGAAAUAUGAGGAGGGAGCUCCACCAGAACCUACUGCAGCGAGCAGGACUACUACAACUACUGCUCCAGAAGAGGUGGCUACCGUUGCUGAAGAGAAAAAGGCUCCUCAAAAUCUGGGUUCUUUCAAAGAGGAAAGCAAUAAGGAAGCUGAUCUAUCUGAUUUCGAAAGGAAAGCUUUGGAAGAACUGAAGCAGCUUGUUAAAGAAGCAAUAGACUCUAACCUUUUCCAUUCAGAAUCCAAAAGUGAAGAAAACCCAGAAAGGGAAAAGAAACAAGAACCAAAAGAGGUAUCUAUUUGGGGUAUUCCUCUUUUAAAAGAUGAUAGGAGCGAUGUCAUCCUUAUGAAGUUCUUAAGAGCAAGGGAUUUCAAAGCUAAAGAUGCGUUUCUAAUGAUAAAAAACACCAUCCAGUGGAGGAAAGGGUUCGGAAUCGAUGAUCUUUUGGAUGAAGAUCUUGGUGAUGAUAUGGACAAAGUUGUGUUCAUGCAUAGAAAAGAUAAGGAAGGUCACCCUGUUUGUUACAAUGUUUACGGGGAGUUUCAGAAUAAAGAACUAUACCAGAAAGCGUUUUCCGAUGAGGAAAAGCGAAUGAAGUUCCUGCGAUGGCGAAUUCAGCUAUUGGAAAAGAGUAUAAGAAAGCUUGAUUUUAGUCCUGGUGGUGUUAACACCAUUUUCCAGGUUAGUGACCUCAAAAAUUCACCUGGACCUGGGAAAAAGGAGCUUAGAUUGGCAACAAAACAGGCUCUUCAGGUUCUCCAAGAUAAUUAUCCAGAGUUUGUUGCAAAACAGGUAUUUAUUAAUGUUCCUUGGUGGUAUCUUGCAUUCUAUACAAUGAUUAGUCCAUUUAUGACUCAAAGAACCAAGAGCAAGUUCGUCGUUGCGCUGCCUGCAAAAUCUACUGAAACCCUUUUUAAAUACAUACCACCUGAGCAAGUGCCCGUUCAAUAUGGUGGUUUGAGUGUGGAUUCUUGCGAUUGCAAUCCCGAGUUCAGCGAUGCCGAUCCGGCCACUGAAAUGACGGUGAAACCGGGGACAAAGCAAACUGUUGAAAUAACAAUAUUCGAGAAAUGUGUUAUUGUCUGGGAAAUCAGGGUAGUCGGUUGGGAGGUUAGCUAUGGAGCCGAAUUCGUGCCUAACGCUAAAGAUAGCUAUGCGGUCAUUAUUCAAAAACUGACGAAGAUGACUCCAAAAGAUGAACCAGUUGUGUCUCAAAGCUUCAAGGUUAGUGAACUGGGCAAAGUAUUGCUUACUGUUGACAACCCGACUUCGAAAAAGAAGAAGCUUCUCUACAGGUUUAAUGUUAAACCCUUCUGCGGCUGAGGGGUACGCGUUCGUACUAGGGUUUAAUUUAUUCUUGUCUAAAUUUUGUGCAAUUCACUUGUUCAUUUUACACUGUUUUGCACCUGUUUGAGGAGUGGCUGACAGCAAAUUGCUCAUGGUUUUGAAAUUUGGUCUUUGUCAUGUUGAGUUACCCUGUUGUUGUGCACUGUAUAUUUUUCCUGUGUAAUCAUGUCUAUAUUUGGAACCUUUUACACACUUUGUAGAUUUGUAAGAACGCAAGGGAUUGUUUGGUUUAUGUUAUCUUUCAGGUUUCAUAAUUUCUAUUUGA